GUGCCGCGCCUUCAUCAUUGUCAAACUGUGCUGGGCAGAAACAUGGUAGCCUGCUGCCUUGCGGUCAGAAAGGAGAAGAAGUGGAAUGCAACUAAAUCCGGUCAAAACAACGUCUCUUGUUCGCUCUCGUCGGUGUUGGGGAGUCAAAGGGCCUGAGGAACCCCCCGCCCCCCAAAAAACAUCUUAUUUGUCUGCUCAAGUUGAUCAAUCAUGUCUAUGACCUUUGAGGCAGGGAGCAGCGUGACGCUGCUGUUUCGCUUCUGGGAUGUGCAAGGACCUGCAGGGAUGGUGCUGUCAGUGUUCGUGGUCCUCCUGUUGACCGUGUUCUACGAGCUGCUGAAGGUGUGGAGGGUCUGGCUGGGGAAGCGCCCUGCUCCCUUCCACUCCUCAGACUGCCGGGGAAGCAGCACUGCAUUAGCCAGUAGCCUGUCGGUGUCCUCUCUGGCCCCCAUGGAACAGACUGCCCCCACUCUCUCCCCCACGAACAGAUGGCUUCUCCGUGGGAUCCAGACAGCCCUGCACAUCCUGCAGGUAACCCUUGGCUACAUGCUGAUGUUGUGCGUCAUGUCCUACAACACCUGGAUCUUCCUGGGGGUCAUCUUGGGCUCCGUCCUGGGAUACUUCAUAGGGUUCCCGCUACUGGGUCAAAUCUGAUCAAACAGUGUAAUCAACAGAACGAGAAUAAUCCUUUUCCUGGACUAUAGAUCUAUAGGCACUAGUUAUCCUGUUGGACAAAGAUGUGCUCUGACAAACGUUUCACAGCACCUCGUGGUGUUUUUCAUACUGACCCUGUUGCACACUCCAUGUGCGAUAGAUCUCCCCGUGACUGUCACUUCUCAAGUUACCUGAAGUGAAAGGUGGUUCUCCCCUACUUAUCUUAAAGCAGAGGUGUGCGAAGUAAAAAGCAAGAUGGAGGCUUCCAUAGUGCAACAAAGAGUACAGCAUGGUAGGGCAGUGAUCGAGCACACCCAUGGUACAUUUAAGAUAAGUCUCAGGAAGUGAACGCUUAUUUUUUGUGUGUUACCCUGUAUGACCUACUGUACUAUGCAUAUCCACUGACAUAUGUUUGAGAAGAGCUUGAGUUCAACCUGUGGCCUCAGUCUAGCAUCUAACUCCAAGGUCAGGCUUACUUGCAGAGGGAACUGAGAUUAUGCAUUUCGUCAGCACUAGUCACAAGACAUUUUCUGGAAUUUCCACUUUGACAGCACAGAAGCAUGUGAUUGAGUGUUGUAACUCUGUCAGGCUCAUUGGGUAAGUAAAUUGAUCUUAAGUACAUAGAGAACUGAAAAUGUGGCUCUCGUUAAUCAUUUGUGAGAGACAGUAUACCCCAACCUUUUAGUGCCUUUUGAUAUCCUAAAUACAUUUCAGAGGCAUAUUUCCGGUUUAAUUAUACAGUAACCUAAUCAUGGAUGAACGCGAAGCUUUUCUUCAAAUCCUAUUGAUCUACAGUAAACUGAACGUAGAUCAUGGCCUGCUUUUAAUCUGAGCUUUUCAAUGGACUUUAUAUGAACAUGUGCUUACUACUGUUGUAUUUUACUGAUAGUAAUAAAACAAAUACCACUAA